CCAUCUCCAAACAUGAUGGAGCAAAAGAGUUCACUAAGUUCCCCAAGGGGAAAUAAUUUCCAAAUCUCUUGGAAAUCAUCACUAAAUUAAUGAAAUGAUUGAUGACACUCAAAACCCACACGCAUGUACGUAUACGUAUAUAUAUAUAUAUACGUAUAUGUGAACACAAAAUUAGCACAUGCAAUCUUUUUUUUUUUUUUUGCCAAGAGAAAGUACUCGAACACAUGAUUGUUUCACACGCCCUUUCUCUUGCUUUCUAGCAACAAAGCUGUAAAACAGUUACCCUAAGACUUUAUUCAUUCCUCUUCUUCUCCUUCUGCUUCUUCUUCCAUGGCCAUUUUGUUCUUCUCUCUCUCUCUGUUUCUCUCUUCUUCCAUCUUUCUCUCUCUUGUCCAUGGGCUAUCUCUCCUGCAAUGCUGAAUCCGCCAUUGCCGCUUGUGAUCCCUACAACUGGGACCGCCGCCGGCGUCUAAAGCACUGCCGGAAAAAUCCCACCUCCGCCGACACCGAAGAGACGGUUCGACGGUUCACGUUCGAUGAACUGGCCGCCGCGACAAAUGGGUUCUCCGCCGAUAACUUCCUCGGAAAAGGCAGCUACGGGAGCGUCUACAAGGCCGUCCUUGACGGGGGCAAGCUCAUCGCCGCCGUCAAGAGAACCUCCGCCGCGGGAAAAUGCAUCGGCGGUGGCGGAGACAACUCUCAGGUGGACCACGAGAUCGAGAUCCUCUCCCGGAUCAAGAACCCCAGACUGGUCAACCUCAUCGGUUUCUGCGUUGACCAGAAGCGAGACACGAAGCUCUUGGUAUUCGAGUUCAUGCCCAACGGUUCGCUCCACGAGAUUUUACACCGACCCGGUUUAGCUUCUAAACCGGCCAGUUGGAACCGGAGGAUGAAACACGCGCUCCAGGUGGCUCGUGCGGUCCACGCGCUUCACUCCGCCGAGCCUCCGGUGAUCCAUCGCGACGUAAAGUCGUCGAACGUUCUAAUCGACGGUGGUGGAAACGCGCGACUGGGGGAUUUCGGGCUCGCGUUGAGUCCACGUUCCGAGGACGAGCGCGUGAAACGCACUCCCCCGGCAGGGACAAUUGGAUACUUAGAUCCGUCCUAUCUUGCUCCGGCGGAUCUGACGGUGAAAUCCGACGUCUUUAGCUUCGGGAUCUUGUUGCUUGAGAUCAUCAGCGGCCGAAACGCGAUCGAUUUGAACUACAGCCCAUCUUCUGUCGUCGACUGGGCGUUACCGCUGAUGAAACGCGGCGAUUACGCAGCGGUCUGCGACCCGAUAAUCGCGUUUCCGCCACCGCCACCCGCCGCGGUCAGGGCGGUUUGUGUUUUGGCCGCGCGGUGCGUUAGGUCGACAGUGGAGAAGAGGCCGGAGAUGUCGGAGGCCGUGGAGUGUUUGAAACAAGUGAGGCGGUUAUCUCACGUUCCGCGCGUGUGGAAUAACCUGCGGCAGCGCGUGAGACGCGUGGAAUUGUCGGAGGACGUUUUCGUGUUGGAAGAGAGUCAAGAGAAGGUGUCGACGGUGGCGCAACCGCCGGAGCCGCCGCGGCCACUCCGGCGGCGGAAUAGGGUGAUGAGGUCGAGGUCGGUGGGGCCGGAGCCAUGCCACGUGGAGGGCGAGCAAACGGUGGUUGUGAUUCGGAGCUUAGUGGCCGGAAAAAGUUCGGCGGCGACGGCGAGGCUGAGGAAAUCGAGAUCGACGGGGAUUCUACGGAGUUGUCAUAAUAAAACGGUGAAACCGAGAGAGUUCGAUGUUACUAAAGUCAACAACUUGAGUGGUCACUUGUUUUGAUGUUUGAGUUUUGGUUUCCGAUGUUUUUUUUGUCGUAUUGUUUUGGAUUUGGUUAAAAAAAAAGACAAAUGCUAAAUUGUCCUGUCUUCACAAUUUAAACUCUUUUAAAUUGAUUAAUCAUAAUUAGA